AUGGAAACCCAGAUGCAUUAUACCGGCCUGAGCCAUCUCCACCACACUCAUCUCCGUCCCUCGUCCACCACACUCAUCUCCGUCCCUCGUCCACCACACUCAUCUCCGUCCCUCGUCCACCACACUCAUCUCCGUCCCUCGUCCACCACACUCAUCUCCGUCCCUCGUCCACCACACUCAUCUCCGUCCCUCGUCCACCACACUCAUUUCUGUCCCUCGUCCACCACACUCAUCUCCGUCCCUCGUCCACCACACUCAUCUCCGUCCCUCGUCCUGCGCACUCAUCUCCGUCCCUCGUCCACCACACUCGUCUCCGUCCCUCGUCCACCACACUCAUCUCCGUCCCUCGUCCACCACACUCAUCUCCGUCCCUCGUCCUGCGCACUCAUCUCCGUCCCUCGUCCACCACACUCGUCUCCGUCCCUCGUCCAUCACACUCGUCUCCGUCCCUCGUCCACCACACUCAUCUCCGUCCCUCGUCCACCACACUCAUCUCCGUCCCUCGUCCACCACACUCGUCUCCGUCCCUCGUCCACCACACUCGUCUCCGUCCCUCGUCCACCACACUCAUCUCCGUCCCUCGUCCACCACGCUCAUCAUGAUCCCUCGUCCACCACACUCAUCUCCGUCCCUCGUCCACCACGCUCAUCAUGA